AAAAUAGAUUUUGGUUGGAGAAGGACAUCAAACGAAACCCCAACACCAACCAUCAACACCAACAACUGCAAACAAACCACAACAAACACAACCUCGUGACACCUCGCACGCAUCGCGGGUCGUUCGAAGACCAACCGUGUCCACCGGCGAUCCAUUCCUUGCCACAAACUAGCAGCAACGGACGGAGGAAGGAAGGAACGAACGAACGACACAACCUCCACCCACGGCGGGUCGCAAGCAAGCACUGUCAUGGAGCAGCAGGCCAAGCGAAAAAAUCGAAAACGGCCCCGUUCCGAACCAGCGAGGUCGGGGCACCAACACAAACCGGAACGAGGAGACAGCAACAACAACAGCAACAACAACAACAACAACAACAACAACAGCAACAACAACAACAACAACAACAACAACAGCAACAACAACAACAACAACAACAACAACAACAACAACAACGCAGGAACAAAAGACGACAAGGAAGAUCUGCCUCUCAGCCACCGCAAACAGACCACGGACGGGAACGGUGUUCGCGACAGCGGCAGGACCAGGACUACCACAAGAGACAGCGAAAACAGCGAGGCAGCCGGUUCUUGUUCCGCCCGCCACGAGUACGAGCACGAGUACAAGUACCGCGGUCUGUGCCCGGAGGUAUCGCACCGGUACCGCAAGCUGGGCGACGGGAGGAUCGGCGAGGGGACCUACGGGGUUGUCUACCGGGCCAGGGACAAGUGGAGGGCGAGGGACGGGGAGCAGACAGACAUCGCGAACAAGAACAAGAACGAGACCACGGCAAGGACCACCGAGAAUCGCACGACCACCACCGUGGCCCUCAAGAAAUGCUACGCCCACCACGAGGCGUCGGACGGCUUCCCCGUCACGACACUCCGGGAAAUCCACGCCCUGCGGACCUGUGCGUCCCAUCCCAACGUGGUGGACCUCCUGGAGGUCUCCGUCUCGCAGCCGAAAGAGCAGCAACAAGGAAGCAGCGGCAGCAGCGUCUUUUUGGUCUUUGAGAACUGCGACUGCGACCUGGCCAAGAUCCUGGACGAGCACUACGACAAACACCGCUUCGACCGGGAGCAGCGAACGAAGAGGGACCGCGGAGUUCGACGGGGCGAGAACGACCGCAAUCGGCAGCAACGCAACAACGGCUACUACUACAACUCCCGCUCGAACGCGAAAUCCAAACACGCCUCCUCCCCCUUUUCCCUCUCCCAGACCAGGUCCCUCGCGGCACAGCUCCUGAGCGCCCUCGAAUUCUGCCACAGGCACCGCAUCGUGCACCGGGACGUCAAGCCGAGCAACCUCCUCUACAACCGUUCCAGCGGAACCCUCAAGCUCUGCGAUUUUGGGCUCUCCCGGACCUGCACGGCAUCGCUGAGCAGCGGCGGGACCUACACGGACGCGGAGGUUCAUGCGGACACGGCCAUGACCCCCGGCGUCGUGUCCCUCUGGUACCGGGCCCCCGAGCUCCUCCUGCCCCUCGCGGGACGGCGGGGGACGAAGGAUCCCAACGGUUCGGAUCCGGCUUCCCUGCCCGCCGCGGGCCGCAAAGCCUUUCUCGGCUACUCCUUCCCCAUCGAUUUGUGGGCCACCGGGUGCGUUCUCGCCGAGCUCCUGCAGGGCUUUCCCCUGCUGGACGGGACCUCCGAGGUCGACCAGGUCGCCAGAAUGGUGGAAACCAUCGGGGACCCUCCGUCGCGGCUGUACUCGUGGGACUCGCACUCGCACCCGGUCCGGGCCCCCCGGCGCAGGGGUCCGGGGGAGGGAAGCUCGCCCCCUUGCCUCUCGCUCUGGGACCGCUUCCAGGACGACCUCCCGCCCGAGGGGCUCUCCCUCCUGGCGCGGCUGCUCGAAUACGAUCCGGCCAACCGGUGGACGGCGGCCCAGGCCCUCGGAUCGCCGUUCCUGGAAGCGCCACGGCCGGUGCCAAUGCCGCGUGCCGGAGGCUGCCGCUAGCAGGGCGGGAAAACAAACCAACCAGGAAACCAACGAUCGAUCGAGCGAGCGAAGGAGGGAGCGAACAGAACCAACCAACAUUCUCUCCAGUCACGCAACGCUAAAACAAACGACUUGCAGAUAC